AUGAAUUUUCGCGCCGUGGACGAUCAUGUUAGUGUCGAGUUUCGUUUUGCUUUUGUCAAUCGCAGUGACCAAUUUUCGUCUCAACGCCAACACCGUCCCCGCCAGACACCCUCAUGCUCUGGGCGAGCCAUGAGCACGCCACAAGCCAACGCACCCGAGCGACGCACGAUGAAUCUUUCCAAGCAUCCGCAGACCACCGCCCGAAUUCUACUCAUCUUUUUCGUCGCCUUUCUCGUCCUUAACGGGCAGCUUUACAUCGGCUCUACCAUUGCCGGCACCCGGCCGCGCCGUCAUGAUAGUACUGCCAAUUUGAGGAGCGUACGCUCAUACGCCGACCUCAUUUGGGAGGAAUGCGCUCAAAUCAUCAACCUAGGCUUGCCAGAUAUUGGAGAUGCGGGGCGCAUCUGGUUGAAGCAUGCGUUUGUGGGAACGAAUGUUGACCCUUCUGACAAAUUCAUCAAACCGGAGAAACCCGAUGUGACUGCACGGGACAAAUACAAAUGUAGAUGUCAAAUACCUGAGGUUCAUGCUGGACGUCAACCUCGCCUGACGGCGAUCGUGCAGAGCUUCAACCACCAUGCCAAUAUUGCAAACAUAUCUACCGCGUUGAAGAGAUCGAGCGUUAUUGAAGAAAUAGUUAUCAGCGAAGAUGGUUCAACAGACGGAUCCUUGCACGACUGGCAAUCUUCGCUCCCGGAUCCCUCGCAUUUUAUUAUUAGGUCAAACAACUUGCAUGAAUUGCGCAGUUACAAUCGCGCAAUGCGCAUGGCGUCAGGCGAUUUUGUAGUCCUUCUCCAGGACGACGAUUUACUGCCCAUGUCGGACGAAUGGGUCCAGAAUGCGCUGCGCUUGUUCGAGGCACUCCCAGAACUUGGUGUGCUAGGUGGAUAUAUUGGUCAGCUAUGGGACCAUGCCACUGGUGUGGGAUAUGAAUACGGCGAGCAGACUAGCACGCAUGGUGGCCUUCGGAAAGGAAACACUCAACCCCUUCCGUUUAUUGAACCAACAACGGGCCUGCCGUUCAUGUACGCUGAGUGCGUAUGGAUAGCACCAGUUUUCGUUCGGCGGAGCCUCUUGCGCAGAGCAGGAGGGCUUGAACUAACAAUAGCAAAGCGCGGAGAGCCUGGAGUUUGGCAGGAUUGCGUACUUAGUUAUGAAGCCUGGGUUAAUGGCUUCUCCGUCGGAGCGUAUAGCGCUAAAUUUGAGCGUGGUGUAGGCGGCCAUGGAUCCGCCACUUCUUCCUUGAAAGUCAAGCAAAGAGAGCGCGUGUAUGAGCGAGCAAUGGCGUACACAAAUCGAAAAUUCCCUCGAAGAAGGAUCCACGAUUCUAUAGUUGCCAUGAACAAUCAAACUCUAGAACCUCGCCGCUUCCCGGCGUGAUAUUGCAUCUGAUAUGUAUCUCCUUCCUUGCUAACUUAGUCUUCACGCGGUAUACACUCCGCAGAAACACAUAAACUAAACAACUCCGCAA